AUGGGACUGCUCUUUCAAGAGUGGAGAGAAGCUGCAAAAUCUGAGAUUAGAGAUAUAAAAGCUAGCAACAUUCUGUUAGAUGGUGAGAUGAAACCAAAAAUUUCAGAUUUUGGUAUGGCAAGAAUAUUCUCAAAAGAUGAGCAAGAAGCAAACACGGCCAAGAUUGUUGGAACAUAUGGUUAUGUCUCUCCUGAAUACCUUAAAAAAGGCUUGUAUUCAGUAAAAUCCGAUAUGUAUAGCUUUGGAGUUCUACUUCUGCAGAUAAUAGGUGGCAAAGUAACAAGAUAUUAUGGCGAGCACGAAAACUUAACCUUGAUGGAAUAUGCUUAUGAAUUGUGGAAAGAAGGAAGAGGCACGGAGUUUGCGGAUUGA